AGCAUGUCCCUUCAGAAUGUCUAAUUAAAGGAGGGUUUUUUUAUUUUCAAUGGCACAUACUUGCAGGCACCAUGGCUCUCCACUUUAGGCAAAAUACGACAAAAUCUGUGGUUACCAUACUACUGUUCAUGUGCCUGAGUAUAGGCAUAUUGAAGUUCUCCAAAUUCCAACGGACUAAAGUGAUGUGUUCCCAGAAGCCACCGGUUCAGGAGCUGAGGGAAGAUCAGGCAUGUCUGGCAGUCAUAAAGGGGGAUGUUGGACUGGCUUCUCAUGAGGACCUAAGGAGGCUUCUAACAAAGAAGAAAAAAACUGAUGUGUUGUCUGAGUCUUUCUACCUCAAGCAAGCAAACGAUUGCAGUGCUUUUAUAUCAGAUAGAGGAUACGUUACUGCAACUCUGAGCGAAGAGGAGAGGGACUUCCCCAUCGCCUACUCCAUGGUGAUCCAUGAGAAGAUUGAGAUGUUCGAGCGGCUCCUCAGAGCUCUUUACGCACCACAGAAUGUUUACUGUGUGCAUGUGGACAAGAAGGCACCGGAGCCGUUCCAAAAGGCUGUGGAGGCUAUAGCUUCCUGUUUCCCUAAUGUGUUUUUGGCAGCUAAGCAGGAGACGAUAGUUUAUGCCUCCUGGUCACGAGUCCAGGCUGACCUGAACUGCAUGGGAGAGCUGCUCGAUUCACCUGUGAAGUGGCGAUACAUUCUCAACACCUGUGGAGCUGACUUUCCCAUCAAAACCAACGCGGAGAUAGUGCAAGCACUGAAACUGCUCAAUGGCAAAAACAGCUUGGAGUCCGAGGAGACUCCUGGACAUAAAAAGGUUCGGUGGGAGCGCCAUCAUGUAGUGACGGGGUCUUCCGUUGUUGAGACUAAUAUCACAAAAAACCCUGCACCCAUCAGCACACCCAUGUUUUCUGGGAAUGCGUACUUUGUGUUGAGGAGAGAGUUUGUGGAGCAGCUGUAUAAAAACCCAGAGGCUAAGGCUUUGCUGGAGUGGGAGAAGGACACAUACAGUCCGGAUGAACACCUGUGGGCAACUCUCCAGCGCAUGCCCACCAUGCCAGGAUCCAUCCCUCCCAACAACAAAUAUCACACAUCUGACAUGAUCUCCAUUGCCCGUCUAGUGAAGUGGUCAUAUCUUGAAGGCGACAUAUGGAAGGGAGCCCCUUAUCCCCCUUGUCACGGUGGACACAGACAUUCAGUGUGUGUUUACGGACUUGGGGAUCUCACAUGGAUGCUACAACAACAUCAUUUGCUUGCCAACAAAUUUGACCCAGAAGUGGAUGGGGUCGCACUUACAUGCCUGGAGAAAUAUUUGCGUAAAAAGGCGAUUGAUUGGACAGACACUCAGGUUUGCUACUAAACAACACAGCAGCACAUGAACAUGAAUAUGAACAUUUUCAGGAUAUUGACAAUGCACAACUCGCCUCAUAUGGGGUCAGUGAAAUCUACUUCCACUAAUGUUUAGAAGUGAAAGAUCUUCAAAAUGAAAUCACAGUGUAAGUAGGUGGACAUUUUACUUUGAGAUUUGCAAUUUUGUUAUCUUUUAGUCUUGGGUGGGGUGUAACUCAUUCAAAGUUGUGAGAUAUCUUUGUUUUAGUACAGUAGUAACUUUAUUGAUCCCGGGGGGAAUUAAGGUGUCAAGUAGCUUACAUAAAUACACACAAUUCCCACAUGGUCAUUUCAAGAGACAUAUAACACAGGUAAUAGUCAGGGAAGGAAGAAUACAAACUACAGAAAAAAUAUCAUUUUAGUUUUAGGUUUGCAAGUGAAGUUAGAAGGAGAGUUUUACAAGCUUUCUAUGUGCUGACUCACAUUCAGGUAAGACAGGUAAAAGGUUUAUUUUACACUUCUAAAAUGAACACACACUAUCUUAUUAUGUAAUAGAUAUGGACCCAAGCUGCUACUGUCAUUUGCACUGAUUGUGAAUUUAUAAUGUCUUUUAUGAUGCAUGUUUGCCAACUGUGCCAACAUUUACAACUGGCAGAGUGUGUAUUUGAACGUGUCAUGCCUCAUGCC